AUGGCCAGCUCCUCAUCUACUACACUCAUGACUGGCUCCGUUCAUCCCGCGUCUCUUGUCGGUCGGACAUGGCAUUCACCCGCUCUUCUCAACCUGGUUGAGGAGCCUGUAACGCAAUCCGUACUUGACCACAUAGUGGACACUGUCGUCGAAACUUGUUGCUACGCAAGGAGCCGUGUUCAGCAAGACGACAAGAUGAUGGACCAACCUGACCAAAGCUCUAUCACCGCACUCGUACGGAGUGUUGCUCGCCGAGCGGACGUAUCGAUGCCUGUUCUCCUCGUUACCUUGGCAUAUCUCGACCGAGCAAGACCGCAUCUGUAUAUCGGCUCGCAGGAGUAUGCGUACGAGCGUGUGUUUCUCGGAGCGAUUAUCGCCGCGUCUAAGUUCACGAACGACUCAUGCUUGCGCAACGUGCACUGGGCGGUUGUUUCAUGUAUGUUCGGUCCUCGCGACGUCGGGAGGAUUGAGAGGGAAUUCUUGGCCGUCCUCGACUAUGAACUGAAGAUCUCAGAGUCGGACGUUCUCGCCCAUCAUGCUUGGCUCAGCUCCGAGGCCGCACCAUUGGAAGCAUACUCGCCUAUGGUGCUACCUCAACUUGUCCUUUCACAUGCGGAACCCGCCAGCCCGGCGUCGCCGUCAACCCCUGAGCACUAUGAUGCUCUGUCGCCGUCAGCGAGCUCGGACGAAUCCUCGCCUGGAAUGCCGGUCACACCGACAGAUGCGCCCAUGCGAUCUGUCGCAGCUGCCAGCCUUUCCGCAUUGCGAGUCAUGUUACCUCCCUCGUACGGAAUGCAGCAUGCGGAGGCGGCGGUUCCUCUCAAGCGCAAAGCAUCGCGGUCGAUGAAGCUGAUGUCGUUCAAGCGCGGCUUCCUCGGCACGCCUUCGCGCCCGCACCCCGAGGAAGCCGGAUACGUAGUCUGA